GCCACACAGCACUCAAGGGGAAGAUGGCACAGGGACAGCCUCGGUGGAGAGAGGAGGCAUGGACGUCCCUGCAGAACAGAACGGAGUCAAAAACAAAAAUAAAACUCACACGAUGUGGAAAGAUCACCCUGGGUGUCUUGAUAGCAGUGAUUGCUGCUGUAGUCAUUGGACUCCUUAGCUAUUUUGUCACCUGUGGAAAAACACCUUUCUACUAUCACAUAAGCUUUAAGGCGAAGAACAUUGAUUAUGACAGCAAAUUUGCAAAACCAUAUUCUCAAGAAUAUAUGGACCUAAAUAAAAAGAUAGAGACUUUGAUAAAUGAAACAUUUCAUGGAUCCAAACUGAGAAGGCAGUAUGUCAAAUCUCACAUUGUCCAAGUAAGCCAAACCAAAGGGAAAGUGGUAAUACAUGUUGUGCUGAAAUUUAAGUCCUGUUAUAAGAAUAAUGCAGAAAAAUUUUGGGACAGAAUUGAAACUAUUUUGUAUCAGAAGCUCAAAAGCCAAAAUGGGUCAUUACUUAUAGAUUCUUCCUCAUUUAAAUUCUCAGACAUUGCAAUGCCAAUAGGAGAAAAUCUUCUCAAUACAUGUUGUGGGCAACGCACAAUUACUCCCUCUGGCAACAAAAUAGCAGGGGGCCAGGAUUCUGAGGAAGGAGAAUGGCCCUGGCAAGCUAGCCUUCAGCAGAACCAAGUUCACCGAUGUGGAGCCACUCUGAUUAGCAACAGCUGGCUUAUCACUGCUGCUCACUGUUUCAUAAGGGCUCAAAAUCCCAAAGACUGGAAUGUUAGUUUUGGGCUUCUUUUAAAUCAUCCACAAACACAACGAACUAUCAAGAAUAUUAUAAUCCAUGAGAACUACCAUUACCCUGCACACGAUAAUGACAUUGCUGUUGUGCGUCUGUCUUCGCCAGUAUUAUAUACAAGCAACAUCCGAAGGGCCUGUCUUCCAGAAGCUACUCAGAAAUUCCCACCCAAUUUAAACGUGGUGGUCACUGGAUGGGGAACGUUAAAGUCUGAUGGAGAAAGUCCUAACAUACUCCAAAAAGGAUUGGUGAAGAUUAUAGAUAAUAAGACAUGCAACAGUGAGAAGGUUUAUGGUGGAGUGAUCACACCAGGAAUGCUGUGUGCUGGGUUCUUGAAGGGCAAUGUAGAUGCCUGCCAGGGUGAUUCUGGUGGACCACUGGUUAGUGCAAAUUCUAAAGGCACCUGGUUCCUUGCUGGUAUUGUAAGCUGGGGAGAUGAAUGUGCACUUCCAAACAAGCCUGGUGUCUACACUCGGGUGACAUACUAUCGAGAUUGGAUCAUGUCCAAAACUGGUCUAUAGUAGCAGUUCUCUAUAGAUUAAG